GCACAUUCAAAGCAAUAAUCCACCUCCACAGCCCCCGGUUCCACCAUUAGGUUACGUGUCUGGAGCCUUGAUUUCUGAUUUGGAAACAGAUGUUCCAGAUGAUGAUGCUGAUGAUGAAGAGGAAGUUUUAGAAAUCCCCAGGCCCCUGAGAGCACUAGACCAGACACCCGGAUCCAGUAUGGACAAUCUAGACAGCUCUGUGACAGGGGUUGGUCUGCUUGCCAGGCUAAUUAAGAUUUAAGAGCUGAAGAUACACUGCUGUGAUUUGAAAUCCAGAUCCAACU